AUGGAGGCGACCGGCACCUGGGCGCUGCUUCUGGUGCUGCUUCUGGUGCUGCUGCUGACGCUGGCGCUGCCCGGGACCCGGGGCCGAGGCCACCUGCCCCCCGGGCCCGCGCCGCUGCCGCUGCUGGGAAACCUCCUGCAGCUCAGGCCCGGGAAGCUGUACUGCGGGCUCUUGCAGCUGAGUAAGAAGUAUGGACCAGUGUUCACCGUGCAUCUGGGACCCUGGCGGCGUGUGGUGGUCCUGGUUGGGCACGAGGCUGUGCAGGAGGCCCUGGGAGGUCAGGCUGAGGAGUUCAGCGGGCGGGGAACGUUGGCAACGCUGGACCGAACUUUUGAUGGCCAUGGGGUUUUCUUCUCCAACGGGGAACGGUGGAGGCAGCUGAGGAGAUUCACCACGCUUGCUCUGCGGGACCUGGGCAUGGGGAAGCGAAAAGGAGAGGAGCUGAUCCAGGCAGAGGCCAGGUGUCUGGUGGAGGCAUUCCGGGGGACAGAAGGAUGCCCCUUGGACCCCUCCCUGCUGCUGGCCCAGGCCACCUCCAACAUAGUCUGCUCCCUCAUCUUUGGCCUUCGCUUCCCCUAUGAGGAUGAGGAGUUCCAGACCGUAGUCCGGGCGGCUGCUGGUACCCUGCUGGGGAUCAGCUCCCCGUGGGGCCAGACCUACGAGAUGUUCUCCCGGCUCCUGCAGCCCCUGCCAGGCCCCCACACGCAGCUUCUCCACCACGUGGGCACCCUGGCUGCCUUCACUGUCCAGCAGGUGCAGCGGCACCAGGGCAGCCUGGACACCUCAGGCCCCGCACGCGAUGUUGUUGAUGCUUUCCUGCUGAAGAUGGCACAGGAGGAACAAGACCCAAACACAGAAUUCACUGAGAAGAACUUGCUGAUGACAGUCAUUUAUCUGCUGUUUGCUGGGACAAUGACAGUCAGCGCCACACUCCGCUAUGCCCUCUUGCUCCUGCUGAAAUAUCCUCAGGUCCAAAAGUGUGUGCAGGAGGAGCUGACGCGGGAGCUGGGGGCCAGCUGGGCACCAGGCCUGGGGGACCGUGCCCGCCUCCCUUACACAGACGCCGUUCUGCAUGAGGCACAGCGGCUGCUGGCACUGGUGCCCAUGGGAAUACCUCGUGCCCUCACAAAGACCACCUGCUUCCGAGGGUACACCCUGCCCCAGGGCACUGAGGUCUUCCCCCUCCUUGGCUCCGUCCUGCAUGACCCCAAGGUCUUUGAGCAGCCAGAGGAGUUCAACCCAGGCCGUUUCCUGGAUGCAGAUGGAAGGUUCAAGAAGCACAAGGCAUUCCUGCCCUUCUCCUUAGGUAAGCGUGUCUGCCUUGGGGAGGGCCUGGCGCAAGCGGAGCUCUUCCUCCUCUUCACUGCCAUCCUGCACGCCUUCUCCCUGGAAAGCUCAUGCCCGCCGGGCACCCUGAGCCUCCAGCCAGCUGUCAGUGGCCUUUUCAACAUCCCCCCAGACUUCCUGCUGCAGUUCCGGCCCCGCUGACCUCCACCCCACAGGUGAAGGAGGGAGCCUUGGGAGGUGGUGGCCACCUAGGAUGGUGCCUCCAGCCUCAACAGUAGGCACGGACAGGGUUGUGUCUCCAGAGCCACAAGUCUACACCAUAGUCACCCCUUUCCAAGCACCCGGUCCACAAAUUCUCCCAAAUAGAAACAUGUCCUGGUCUGCCAUUGUGUACACAGACCUUGACCACAUGAGGACCCUCAGUCCAGAGUAUCACCUACCCCCCCAUCCCUGCUUAAGUAACCAUGUUGAAAGGCCCUGGCUCCCCACUCCCACACACACACACACUAAUUCACAGUGUCAAAGUCCCUGUUAGACCCAGUGGAAAGGGCUAGACAACCAAGUAGGGGUCAGAUUCUAACGCCCAG